AUGUUCCGACGUAUUUUCCUAACGUCCAAGUACGUGGGAAGAUUUGUCAGAGCUAAUAGCAUAUCAGCUACAACACACGAAACGGCUCUGAUACCCAUACAACAUCCUCGUUUACGACCAUUUUUAUUUUCCAAGAAAGAUGAUGAAAUCAUCUGGAAGAAGAUUUCUCUAGAUACAUAUCCCAGCCCUUUGUUUGGUAUGAGCUCAGACGAUAUAAGAAGACUAAAGAUGGACGAGUAUCUACACUUGAUCAAAAUUCCGUACAAAUGGGUAGGAGAAACAGAACAAUUCUGUACCAGCAUGGCUGAAAUAAUUGAUGGAAUGAUCCUUGAUGAUACGGAAACAGCGAGCAUUUACUACUUUGCCAUAGACAAUUCAGAGCUCAAGGAGUCAGUCAAUGAACAGCUCCGAAUGUUGGCUGCGUCGGAUACAAUAAAAGAAUCAUUGGUAGAAAUGAUGAUAGACCAUACGGCGAAUACCUUUCGAUCCAAGUUUUUCCAAACAGUUGCCUUCAUUCUUAAACUAAAUAAAGAGAAACAGGCUACCACUCUUCUCUCAUACCUUGAUAACUUGAGGAAAUUAAACGUUUGCAACGAGAAACCACUAAUCUUGAAUUCACUAUUGUUCGAGCGAAUACUUCGAAUAAUGCCCCGAGAAAAGUUUGCCGAGUUGUACGCAUAUCUAGUGAUUUUGAACAUUCAGACCUAUGUCAUAAGUCAUAUGGAGAAGCUAAAACACGAACUUUUAGCAGGACUGAAUCUUGAAAAAUUGGUCGCUAAAACCGGACUUUUGAACCCUAAAUGGCAUGAUAUUCGGAAACCAACCAUUGCUCCAAGCCAUAUCACCAGAAUGAGAAUAUUCUUUUCCGUAAGAGACUUGGCACGGUUUGCAACACAUUCGAUAGAAAAAAGAGACAUCGUGAACGCAAAUAUGUAUGUCAGUCUCUUGGUUACGAAAUUUGAGGAAAAGUGCAAACUUGUUGGCAAAGAAAAUUACGUACCUCGUGUUAAAGAUUCAGACAUCAAUACCGACAUCCUGUUACUUCUUAAGGUCCUUCUUAACCAUGUUAUGGUUUUCAAAGGCUCACAAGAAUGCUUGAGAAUGAUGCAGUAUAUGGUCCAUAAUAACGUUACCAUAUCAUUUGAUAUCUUGAUGAUCAUUAUGAAGAACUUGAGAAACCAAGGCUACUUCCAGGAAGCUUUAUUGCUAAUGAACAACAUUCGUCCCGAAACGCUCACACGAUCCGAUUGCUUAGCGUUGACCGAUCAAAUAUUGUGCUUAAUUCAGGCUAAAUACCCCACGACUCCCAAAAUAAUGUUUGGGUAUGUUGCAGCCGUUUUCAAGGAUGGAAUAAAAGUGUUAAACAAACUCAAACUUCUAGGAUUGGUUUACCAAGAUGGUUCUGCUGUCGAGCUUCAGAACCCGGAGCUUCGAGUUCAACGUGCGAAUAUCGACGAAAGACUUGGGGGUUUCAACAUUACUCCCAAAGCUCUCACUCAGGCAUAUGAGAUGUGUCUAUCGUCUCUUCACAGAUCUGUUCUCACUUCUCAACUAUUGAAGGAGUUGUACGACACGUACAUUGAAACUUUGGUCAAAGCAGAGCAUCCCAUCUUCAAGCCAUCGAGACAAAACGACCAUGUGGUUACGCUAAUUAUCAAAUACUUACUUAAGGAGAAUCCCGAAAAUAACGAUAUGUGCAUGGUAAAGAGCGAAGCUGCUUACUCCACUGCAAAAGACAUUAUUGGCGAUUACUUUAGCCGAAUAGCUCCUACCAGUCGUCGCAACAGGAGCCCAUAUCUCUUUGAUUUACUCAUCACCACGGCCCUAUCUGUUCACAGAGAUUACGAGUUUGCUACGAAAAUGGUCCGUGAAUCGCGGAGUCUUAAUUUGCCGUUUACCUUCAACCAAAUCUACCCUUUCAUCAUGUACCAUUACGAACACAAAGAGUACAAAAAAGCCGAACUUUGGUACCAACAGUUGGUGAAGCACGGAGUUAAAAGCGAUGCAGAACCAAGCAAGAAUCUCUUCAAGGUUGCCCGAGAGUUGGGAUGGGAGGUGAACGGGUUCGUUUAUCGAAAACUAGGCAUACACCGCAACUACAAAAAGAAAGAAGAACUCAAAAAAUUACUUAAAGAUCCCAUUGUGUUUAUAAAGCCAGAGAGAUCUGAAAAUGAAACGGAUGCAGAAGAGACACUCGAACAAGAGUUUCUCGACUCUUCACAUCGCGGCAAUUUCAGCGAUGAAUUAUUGGCGUUGAUAAACUGA